AUGGCGCGGUUCGAGGUGAACGGCAAGUCGGUGCAAGGCGUGGACCUGCUGCGGCGGCGCCACUGGGCGUCGCGCCUCGACUUCUGGCCCUUCCUUGCGCUCUAUGCGCUCUGGCUGCUGCUCGCCGUCCCGGCGCUCGACUUCACCGACGCUCUCAUCGUCCUUGCCGCGCUCUCCGCUGCUCACAUCCUCGCCUUCCUCUUCACCGCCUGGUCCGUCGAUUUCCGGGCCUUUGUUGGGUCAAGGAUAUCCGUGCCGCUAACGCGUGUGGCCUCAACUUCGGCUGCAGGUGAGACAGAGGAGAUUUACUUUGAUUUUCGGAAGCAGAGGUUCAUCUUCUCGGCGGAGAAAGAUAACUUUUUUAAGCUCCGGUACCCAACGAAGGAGUUGAUCGGUCAUUAUGCCAAGGGCACUGGUUAUGGAACUGAGGCCAAGAUUGGCACCGCUGUGGAUAAGUGGGUAGAAAGCGUAUUCGAGUAUCCACAGCCCACAUUUCAGAAAUUAAUGAAGGAGCAAAUCAUGGAACCAUUUUUUGUUUUCCAGGUUUUUUGUGUUGCUCUUUGGUGCCUGGAUGAGUAUUGGUACUACAGUUUGUUUACACUUUUCAUGCUUUUCCUGUUUGAGUCUACUAUGGCAAAGAAUAGGCUGAAGACAUUGACUGAGCUAAGACGUGUGAAAGUUGAUAGCCAGAUUGUGUUGACCUAUAGAUGUGGAAAAUGGGUUAAAAUCCCUGGAACUGAACUACUACCAGGAGAUAUUGUGUCAAUAGGUCGCUCAACUAGUGGUGAAGAUAGAUCUGUACCAGCAGAUAUGCUAUUGUUAGCUGGGUCUGCAAUAAUAAAUGAAGCUAUUCUUACAGGAGAAUCUACUCCACAGUGGAAGGUUUCAAUUGCUGGACGUGGUCCUGAGGAUAUGCUAUCUAUAAAGCGGGAUAAGAACCAUAUCCUAUUUGGUGGCACUAAAGUAUUGCAACACACUGCAGAUAAGUCUGUAAUUCUUCGAGCACCUGAUGGUGGCUGCCUAGCUUUUGUAUUGAGGACUGGAUUUGAGACUAGCCAAGGGAAAUUGAUGAGGACUAUCUUAUUUUCAACUGAGAGGGUUACUGCAAAUAACAAGGAAAGUGGCCUGUUUAUACUCUUUUUGCUCUUCUUUGCAAUUAUUGCGUCCGGUUAUGUGCUUAUGAAGGGACUAGAGGACCCAACAAGGAGUAGAUAUAAACUGUUAUUGAGUUGUUCAUUGAUUAUUACUUCUGUGAUACCCCCGGAAUUGCCAAUGGAGCUCUCCAUAGCAGUCAACACAUCUUUAAUUGCAUUGGCUAGGCGUGGUAUUUUCUGCACAGAGCCGUUCAGAAUACCGUUUGCUGGGAAGGUUGACAUAUGCUGCUUCGAUAAGACAGGGACUCUGACAUCAGAUGAUAUGGAAUUCCAAGGUAUAGUUACUUUGGAAGGUGACGAUGAGUUAAUAUCUGAUGCAAAUAAGUUGCCCCUCCGAACUCAAGAAGUGCUUUCCAGUUGCCAUGCAUUGGUUUUUGUCGACAACAAGCUGGUCGGUGAUCCCCUCGAAAAGGCUGCUAUAAAGGGCAUAGACUGGAUCUACACAUCUGAUGAGAAGGCCAUGUCUAAAAAGCCUGGUGGUCAACCUGUACAGAUUGUGCACAGGUACCAUUUUGCUUCUCACUUGAAGAGAAUGUCUGUUAUCGUCCGUAUUCAGGAGAAAUUUUACGCUUUCAUUAAGGGUGCACCAGAGACCAUCCAAGAGAGAUUAGUUGAUUUACCUGCUGCAUAUGUGGAGACAUAUAAGAAAUACACACGGCAAGGUUCUCGGGUCUUGGCUCUUGCAUACAAAUUGCUUCCUGAGAUGCCUGUUAGUGAAGCUAGAAGUUUGGAAAGGGAUCAAGUAGAGAGCGACCUAACAUUUGCUGGUUUUGCGGUCUUCAACUGUCCUAUAAGGAGCGACUCUGGUGCUGUCUUACAAGAACUGGGACAAUCUUCCCAUGACUUGGUCAUGAUCACUGGAGACCAAGCAUUGACUGCCUGCCAUGUUGCUAGCCAAGUACAUAUAUCUUCCAAACCUGUUUUGAUCUUGACACGGAUAAAGACUGGUGGUUUUGAGUGGGUUUCGCCAGAUGAAACUGAUAGAGCUCCAUACAGUGCUGUGGAGGUUGCAGUGUUAUCAGAAUCUCAUGACCUUUGUAUUAAUGGGGACUGUUUUGAAAUGCUACAAAGUACUGAGGCUGUUCUCCAGGUUAUCCCUUAUGUGAAGGUUUUUUCACGUGUUGCUCCAGAACAAAAAGAACUUGUACUGACUACAUUCAAAAGUGUUGGGAGGGUGACACUGAUGUGUGGAGAUGGAACCAAUGAUGUUGGUGCACUGAAGCAGGCACAUGUUGGCAUAGCUCUUUUGAAUGCUCAACCAGUUCAGAAAGUCGACUCAAAAUCCAAAGCUGAAAAUAAAUCUGGGAAAUUGAAAAAACAGAAGCCUGCUAAUGAAGCAUCAUCACAAGUGACUCCAGCAGCUAAUAGUUCUGCUAAAGCAUCGAGCAGCAGCCCAUGA